AUGAAGUCCCAAGGCAACGAUCAUGUCGCAGGAGGAAAACCCCAGACGCGGCGAAGAGUCGGCCCCAAGGUUAUCCCCUUCGUCGCCGUCUUAGUUUUAUUCACCUUUGUUUCCAUCUCUUAUCCCUCCAUUCGCUACUCCCAGACCAUUCUCUCCCGUCUUUCUUCCGAUGACGGUGACGAUCCGAUUCUGCCGCCGGCGGAAGAGCAGCCGUGCCCGGUUGAGGGCGUGGUCACGCAGCCAUGCAGAUCCAGUGGCGGGGAGAGUCAAGCGCCGCCGGAGGCGGCGGAGGCAGGGGAGGCAGCGGAGGAUAGUGUUUUUGAUGUUAAUAGUGAUCAUGAGGAUCGCCGUGAGAAUAUAUCGUCGACUAUCGUCGACAUUAACUUGGUAACCGCGGCGGUGGAGGAGGCGAAGGUUCAGGUGCCCCCCAAGAGUAAUCUUGAAAAUCCGGCGACGUCGAAUUCCGGGGAAGUUAAUUUGUUAGCCGCGGAGGAGAAGGUGAAGGUUGCGCCGAGGAAGAAGUCGAGUAGGCGGAGGAGACGGUCCAGGCGGCGGAAACGUCGUGACUCGGCGGUGACUGCUCCGAGAAUUGUUUCGAAAACGGAAGCGCCGAAGAAGGAAGGGAAGGUACCGGCGGCGAGGAGCGACGGGGGUGGUGAUGAUGAUGAUGUUAAGGUUUUGGCGUCGGAAGUAGCGUAUAAUAACGAGGGAUGCAAUCUUUUCUCCGGCGAAUGGGUUCAGAAUCCGGAGGGGCCAUAUUACACGAACAUGACGUGCAACUGGGCAAUUCAGGAGCAUCAGAAUUGUAUGAAAUUUGGUCGGCCGGACACCGAGUUCUUGAAAUGGCGGUGGAAGCCGGAGGGUUGUGAGCUUCCCAUUUUUGACCCGGAACAAUUUCUUGAAAUGGUUAGAGGAAAAUCUCUGGCCUUCGUCGGAGAUUCCGUCGCCAGAAAUCAUAUGCAGUCGUUACUUUGCGUCCUCUCCAGGGUAGCGCAACCUGUGGACGCAUCUAAUUCACCGGACCAAAACUUCAAACGUUGGGAAUACAGAGAUUACGACUUCAAUAUUUCCAAAUUCUGGUCUCCCUAUUUGGUGAGGACGGAAAAGAUGGACCCCAACGACGAUAAACGUCCCUUCAAACUGUUUCUCGACGAGUUUGACGAAUCUUGGACGACCCAGAUCGAGAGUUUCGACUACGUUAUCAUCUCCGCCGGCCACUGGUUUUUCCGGCCAACUUACUUCUACUUAAACGGCGAAGUGGUCGGCUGCCAGUACUGCCCGGAGUCCGAUAUCAAGCACCUGCCGUCGUAUUUCAGCUACCGGCGGGCGUUCCACACGGCGUUCCGGGCAAUCAACAGCCUGGAGAGUUUCAACGGCGUGGUGUUCUUGAGAUCUUUCGCGCCGUCCCACUUCGAGAACGGGCCGUGGGACAAAGGCGGCGACUGCGCGCGGACGAAGCCGUUGAAGAGAAUCGAGAAGGAUUUGGACGACUAUAAUCUGGAAUUCUACAAGAUUCAGUUGCAGGAACUGAAGACGGCGCAGACAGAAGGGAGAAGAAAGGGGAUGAAGCUUAGGUUGUUCGACGCCACGCUGCCGAUGUUGCUGAGGGCCGACGGGCAUCCUAGUAAGUUCGGGCGGUGGCCGAAUCCGAACGCGACGGCGCCGAAUGACUGCGUGCACUGGUGCUUGCCGGGACCCAUUGAUUCCUGGAAUGAUUUCUUGGUGGAGUUGAUGAAGAGGGAAGGAAGAGAUAGAAAGUCUGAAAUUUGAUUUUUUUUUUUUUUUCAUUUUGUUUUUGUAAACUCAUUAUGUUCUUGUAAUUAAGUUGAUGUUAAUAGUG